AUGAAAGUUUUAAAUUUUAUAAUAUUAUUAUUUAUUAGUUGUUUAUUUAUUAAUUAUUCAAAAUCACAAGAUGAAACACCAAUUACAUUAAUUGUAAAUCCAAAUAAUAAUAAUACAUAUAUUGUUGGUGAAAAAUGUGGCAUUGAUACAUUUACAUGUAAUUCAAUUAGUGAUGCAGUUGCAUACUUUAAUUCAAUUGCAGUAUUAGUAGAUAAUGGAACUAUUUAUCAACAAUUAAAUAUAAAAUUAUCAAAUGGUACUUAUGGAAUUAAAGAGAGUCAAGUUAAUUUAUUUUUAUUUAAUUGUACAAUUUCACCAUUGGAUGAAGGUGUUAGUAAUGUUAUUUUCAAUGGUUAUCAAAAUCCAUUAAAUCAAACUCAAUCAAUGAUUUCAGUUCAUGGAAAUGGUGAAGGUACAACAUCAGUAUUAAUCAGUGGUAUUACUUUCUUGUAUUUCAAUCAUUCAAUUUGUAAUAUCGUAUCAAUUGAUACCUAUAUAAAUGUAACAUUUGACCAAUGUAAUUUCGAUGGAUACCAAGUUCAAAGUAAUACACACAUGAUUUCAUUCUCUAGAAUUAAUCCACCAGAUAAUGCCACAAUACCAACAAGUUGCUUAAUAAUUUCAAAUUCCAAUAUUUUCAAUACCGGUGGUAAUAAUAACACUUCAUCAUUCUCGAAUAGUGAUAUUAUUUCAGUCUCUGGUUUGAAUGUUACAUUGUAUAAUGUUUAUAUUAAUAGUAUUAUUAAUUCAUUACCACAAUCAGUGUUAAAGGUUGAUAGCAGUUAUACAAACAUUACCAAUUGUAAAUUCUCCAAUAUUUAUACCUCACUCGGUGUAGUUUAUGGCUUCAGUAGUAAUAUAACAUUCUAUAAUUCAACAUUUGACAGAUUGUCAGCCGUGUCAGGUCCAGGUUUAUUCAAUCAUAUAGCAAGCAAUAGUUACAAUUCAACCUUUACAAUGGCCUAUUGUUUAGUUAGUAAUUGCUAUUCACCAACAAGUGCUGGUGUAAUUUUAUUAAAUAAUCCAUUCUCUGUUGCUUUACCAAAUAAUUAUAUUAUGUAUUCAUCAUUUAAUUAUAAUAAUGGCUCAAGUGGUGGUGUUUUAUAUAGUACAACUGUUCCUGUGAAUUUUGAUAAUUGCAUUUUCGAUUCAAAUAGUGCAGUAAUGGGAUCGAUUGCACAAGUUAUUAAAACAUCAUUAUCUGUAUCAUAUUCAACAAUAUUAAUUUCAAAUUCAUCAAAUUUACAUAGUAUUGCUCUUGGUGGUACAUUUGUAUCUUGGUAUUCCGAUGCUACAUUCACUUUUAAUACAUUUAGUGGAAAACUUGUUUCUUUUGAAUGUACAAAUUCAACAAUUGUUAUUGAAAAUUCAAAAAAUUUAAAUCCAUAUUAUAAUUGUUAUAGUUGUAAACAAAUAUUUGUUAAUUCAAAUUCAAUUUGUAAAGGUAGUAGUACAACUUCAACAUUAAAUUUUGGUAGUGAUAGUAGUAAUAGUAAUUCUUUUAAAUUAAUUCCAAAUUUUUCAAUUUUAAUUUUAUUAAUAACAAUAAUAACAAUAUCAUUUAAUUUUUAA